CAUACACUAUCGACUUUCAGAGUUAUGGAGGGCUGGACGAAAUUGCAAUCGAGCUUUGCGGGGCUCAAUCUUGGCCAGUCGGCCAACAAGUUCGCGAAGGGCUUCAACACCAGCGUGCAGGCGACGCGCGAACGCCUCGGACAGGUCGCUGCGGAUGAUAUUACCGAACUUCCUCAAGAGUACAAGGACCUGGAGGAGCGGGUUGACAACCUCCGCCAGGUUCACCUGAUGCUCUUGAAAGUCACGAAAGUUUACGAAACCGAGACAUAUGACUACCCCACGCAGAUCCAAGAGUCGAUCACCGAGCUGGGCACGACCAUCGGCCAGGGCAUCACUAACUUUGCCGCGACGAACCUCAAGGGCACCGGCGUGCCUGUACCGUCCGCCCCCGUGCCUCAGGCGGCGCAACACAAGACGCUUCCGCACGCGAUCGGACGUGCGGCAACGAACGCCGCAGCCACAGUGCAGCCCACGGCUGGUGCGGGCGACGAGAAGCUAAGCAGGGCGUUGACCGCAUACGCAGGGGCUUGGGAGAAGAUCGCAGACGCGCGUGUGCAGCAGGACGGUGCCAUCAAGGCACAAUUUUUGCAGCCAUGGCAGACAACGCUCAACACGUCCAUCACGGUCGCGAUGAAGGCCCGCCAGGCGGUGCGUGUGAGUCGGCUUGAGCUGGAUGCUGCAAAGCAGGCGUUGAAGACAAUUGGUCCCGCAAGGCUAGAGGCAGCUCGGCUGGAGGUUGAGAAUGCCGAAGACGAUCUAGUGCAGAAAACGGAGGUCGCGAUAACGCUCAUGAAAGCUGUCCUCGACAACCCCGAACCAUUGAAGAACCUCAAUGAACUCGUGAAGGCUCAGCUUAUCUACUACGCGACCGCCGCUGAGUCUCUAUCGACCGUCCAGGGCGAAAUCGAGGAGCUCAGUGUCGCCGCUGAGGGCGAGUACAGGAAAUCCCGCGACCACUGAGGUCCAUCCGCCCAUAUUCCACAUCCUACAUCACUGCUAUGUAUCCAUUCUCCCGUCUAUCCGUUCUUUUCCGUUUGCUUCGCGUCACCUAUCCGUAAAAUACCCAGACUAUCUACGUCACGGACUUGUUGCGGAUGUGCGUGUUAACUAUGAGCCUGUGUAUCGCUAAUGCACUGUUGCAACAUGAUGUGCACAC